GAGCGGAAAAGAAAUAUGGGCGCCGAUUGAAAGUUUAGAAUUGUCUACUUGGCUUGUACAUGUCAAAUUCAAAUCAAGCGACAAAAAGGAGACUGGCAUAUUCUGUCGUUCACCUUCGCAUUAAAAAACCUCUUCUUUGACAAUAUUCAGGUGGUCUUUGUUCGAAGGGCAGAGUUUUUUUCAGGUGAGAAUACGAAGAGAAAAAUUUGCUAGCUUAAUGCAAUGACCUGACCGUGCAUACACACACGUGCGUGACGCGAGAGAAGAACCCAAUUUACAAACGCAAGUUCGACUGUUUGGACUUGUACCGUGCUGGCUUGUCGGGCUAGUGGGGGGUUUAAGAGUUGAGCCUCGGCCCACGAUUGUGGUCUUAUCCCUCAGCUUUCGCACAGAAGCUUCCCUCCUCCGUUGAGUGCAAGCUAAGCCGGGCGAAGCUGGUGGUCUAGAGUCACCUUAAUCUAGCCUGAUCAUCUAGAUACUGGAGCUUUUUCCUCGAGAUACCAUGGAGAUUUUAAGCGCUCCGCUGUCAGCACUGGAGACAUACGCCGGGACGGAUGCGCUCAGGACGGCGGGCAGACUACCUCGUGGCGUGGUGGAAAAGGUUGUGAGCGGCGACGGAGGUAGCGGAAACCACCUCUCCCGUCAUGGAGUCUCGAGCGCCGAAGGAUCCCAUGGGUCGGCAUGGAGUAACAGGGUUAAUGCCGGUAGCCGAGAAAGAUCGACACGAGCGGAAACGUCCGUGGAGUCAGCAGGGAAGGACUCCGGUGCCGAGAACUCGGACGAGAGCGAGACGGGCAAGAGGCGACGGCAGCGCCGACAGAGGACGCAUUUCACCAGCCAGCAGCUGCAGGAGCUGGAGGGGAACUUCGCCCGGAACCGCUACCCGGACAUGUCCACGCGGGAAGAGAUCGCGGCCUGGACCAACCUGACUGAGUCACGUGUCCGGAUUUGGUUCAAGAACCGGCGAGCCAAGUGGAGGAAGCGAGAAAGGAACCAGCUGAAUGAGCUCAAGAACGGCUUUGGCUCUCAGUUCAACGGUCUGAUGCAGCCUUUCGAUGACGGUUUAUACUCCGGCUACUCCUACAACAACUGGGCCGCCAAGUCAGCCGCUGCCGCUAAGAGCUUCCCCUGGUCGCUCAACUCGCUGGGCUCGGUCACCUCGCAGCCCAUGUGUUUCAACCCUCCUCAGUCGGCGGUUAGCCCGAGCUUCUCCUCGGCACCAAUGGGCGGGGUGACCCCUCACCAGAACCUGGGCCCGUUGGGUCACCAGGCAGGGGCCGCCGCGGCUGCGGCGGCAGGGACAGCGGGUUGUCCGCACGGCUCCUCCCCGUACGUCUAUCGGGCCGAGCCGGGGUCUGGGAGUUUGGCGUCACUGUGCUUGAAGGCGAAGCAACAUUCCGGCGGGGUUGGGGGAUUCACCUACCCGGUCCAGAACCACACACUCUCAGCCUGUCAGUACGCAACGCUCAACGGUCAACCUUGAUAACGACCCUCAUAAUAUUAUGUGUAAUUACCCCCCCCCCUUCUCGUUUUUCUUCUGUCUUUUGUUGGAAGCGCCACACAUGUACACCAUGUCCCACUAGUGAAGUAAGCGAAUGUCAUAUGGGCACUCGAGAGUGGCGAUGUUAAAGUUACAUUCGUUAUUACUGCAAGUAUGUAGUCUCUAUACAGUCACCAAAUGUCAGUGAAGUAUCAAACGACGUCAAUGUUAUCAAAAGACGUCAAUGUACGAGGAAAUCGCUGGCAAAACCAGAUGAUAGUUCCUGCUUUUUCUUUUCACUCACUUGCGUCAUUUCUUUUCAAUAACUUUAGCAUGAGGUAAAAUCAAGUUACACUUCACAGACUCAUGUCAUUAAACUUUUUUGUGUGCAAUAGUGUAUAUAGCUUGGGUAUUUAGCUUUCCACGUCAGGGUCGUUGAGGCAACCAGUGAUGCCAAAUGCACCAGACGAUUGGUGUUUGUCGUGGCUUCGAGGAGAAAUGUGGAUUUUGUAGUCCGUAGUAAAAUAAAAAAAUAGGCAAUUACGCGUGGUAUAUGUAGGCCUUUCUCUCUUUUUUCGUCUAAGUCUUACCGGCGGCUAGAAAACAACAGCUGGCCUUCAGUAUAUAAAAAAUAAGAAAUCAUUCACAAUCUGUUAAUGAUAUCCAAGAGCUACGCAUAGUUGCCAAAAUUUGAUAGCUCUGCAGAUUGAUCGUAGGAAGGAAUAUUAGCCAGCUCACGAGAGGUUUAUCUCUCCAUUUCAGAGUUGUGAAUGUUGGAAAGUGUAGUUUGAUAUCUGAAACUGCGCGGGGAAAUGGCAACCGUCGAUCCAUAUGUCGACCAUGGUGUGAAAACCUCAAACGCUGAAAUCAAGGUACUCUUUGCUGAUGUGUGGCACUCUGGGGCUAUUUUUUAAGUGCUCAGCGGCUGUACUUUUGAUGGAAUUUUGUUUUUAGCCUAGUUGAGGUAUUAUAACAUUAUAAUUAUAAUGUUUUUGUGGUUUAAUCAGAUGCUUCAAUGUCUCCCAACGCUGCAUGUAAAACUGCUUUAGAUGCACAAUGUCAUGUACCGAUAAAUUGGGGUAGCAUUUACGUCAAAAGAUGUCCUAUCAUAUUAUUAGAUCUUUGAUCUACUUUUGUAAAUAGUCUGUCAUGUACAUUUUAUCAAAGUUGUAAAUGUUUUAGAAAUUCACAAUCAUAUUAAAACGGGAUAUCUUGGAACCCAGUUAUUAUUAGCGUUAGAAAUUUUUCAGGACUAAAUUGCAAAAUUUAUGUUUUAUUUUAGCUUUACGUAAUAUGAAAGAAUGACUUGUAUUGUGCCCUUACAGCAAGAUGUUGAUUGUAUUUUGCCCGUGCGACAGUUAUGUAUUGUAGUGGAUAUGUGAAUAGGAAAGUUCUUAUUCGUCAUCUGUGUUCGUGUGGGAAACUAUUAAGAAAAGGGUACACGUACAUUGCACAAAAUUGCCAAUUCUGGUAAUCUUAGAUUGACAGCGGGCUGAGUUUGCAGUAUAUAACCUGAAGAGGGAUUUCUCUGCACUGAAAUAAUGUACGUUUGCCGUUAAAGUCUGAUUUCAUAGUCUUUUUUUAACUGCUGACAACAUUCGCACAAUGUUCACAGUAUUUGUUUCACUCUAAUCUCAGUGCAGAUUUUGUGCCAAUUUUAUAAUGUGACAAAAAGGCUGAAAUAAAACAGGAGAGCGGAAUGCUUCGGACAGAUGUCACGAAA